AUGGUUGUCGACACGGUCUACUAUGACGCGCUGGGCGUCCAGCCCACCGCGACCGAGCUCGAGAUCAAAAAGGCCUACCGCAAGAUGGCCAUUCUCCACCACCCGGACAAGAACCCCAACGACCCUACCGCCCACGAAAAGUUCCAGGCCAUCGGCGAAGCAUACCAGGUUCUUUCCGACAAAGACCUCCGCGCCGCCUACAACAAGCAUGGUAAAGACCAUGCCAGGCCACAAGAAGGGUUUGCCGACCCGGCCGAGUUCUUCUCGUCCAUUUUCGGUGGCGAGGCUUUUGUCGAUUGGAUCGGCGAGAUUAGCCUCAUGAAGGACCUCACUGCCACCAUGGACAUCACCAUGCAAGAGGAGCAGGCUGCUGCAGAAGCUGCGGAGGCGGAGCAGACCACCGCCGAAGGUGCCGGCAAGGACGAAGCCGACUUUCCCGGCACCGCGGAGGCCAUGAAGGAAUCCACCAAGGACCAAAGACCAGCCGCCGCCGCCGCUGAGGCCACCACCGCACCUCCCCCUUAUAUUGUCGUCGAUGAAGAAAAGACUCCUGCGUACGCCGCCCCUGGUGCCGCCGCAGAAAGAAUCCCUGCUCCUCGGUCUGAAGCGACGUCGCCGGCUCCCUCGAGCAACUCUCACAGCCGCACACAAAUCCCGUUGCGCCCUGCGCUCGCCGACAAGGCGCAUGAUGACAACACACCGGCCGCCUCCCUCUCCGCAGAGGACGCCAAGAAGGAUAAGAAGAAAGCGGGUCUCUCCAAGGAGCAGCGUGAGCAGCUGGCAGCGUUUGAAAAGGAACGCGCGCGCAUCCGCCAGGAGCGCGUUGACAACCUAGCGGCGAAGCUACGAGACCGUGUCAGCGUAUGGACAGAGACGGACAAGGGCGAUGAUGUGACCAGAGCAUUUCAAGAGAAGAUGCGUCUCGAAGUGGAAAACCUCAAGAUGGAAUCGUUUGGCAUUGACAUUCUGCAUGCAAUCGGCCAGACAUACGUGUCCAAGGCCUCAGGCCUGCUACGGAGCCAAAAGCUCCUCGGUUUUGGCGGCUUCUUCAGCCGCCUCCGCGACAAGGGCACUCUUGUCAAGGAGACCUGGAAUACUAUCAGCAGUGCCAUCGAUGCCCAGCAAACCAUGGAGGACAUGGCUCGCAUGGAAGAAAAGGGCGGCGAGGAAUGGACCGAUGAGAAGCGCAGCGAGUACGAGCGUCGCGUGACGGGCAAAAUCCUCGCCGCCGCCUGGCGCGGCAGCAAAUGGGAGAUUCAGAGCGUCCUGCGCGAGGUCUGCGAUAGUCUCCUGAACGAUAAGAAGGUUCCUCUGUCCAAGCGCCUGGAGCGAGCCCACGCCCUGGUUCUCAUUGGUGACAUCUUCAAUAGGUCCCAACGCUCUCCCGAAGAAGAGGGUGACUACCUCGUGUUCGAGCAGCUCGUUGCUGAAGCCGCUAAGAAGAAGGAGGACGAACACAAGCACAAGAAGGACAAGAAGGCUAAGGAAAGGUCUCCCUCGGCGUCGGCUGCCGAGGAUACUCCCAAUGUCUCCAAGGCAUAA